AGUAUGGCUCAUUUGGAAGGGUCCCUGCCCAGGGGUCACAGGUAUUGCAGUGUGAGGCCAGCUUUGGACAAGUUUUCCUGUCCCACAGUUAACCCCUGCUGCAGGAGCUCUUUUGUUCUAUAUCCUGCCUGGAUCGCUGAGCCCCUCACCCCCCAGAGGUGCCAGUGGAUCAGCCACUGCCUUCCUUCCCCUGGCCCAGCAUGGAAGAGACUGGGGGAGUCAGGGGGCUCAGACAGCAACGUGCCUGUGCUGGCUAGAGGGGAGCAAGAUGGAUUUUAUUACCGUGGUACUGUAAAAGAGGAGGUAGAGAGUGAAAGAGGCAUGUUUCUGGUAGAGUUUGCCAAACCAUUUGUGUCACGUGGAAGGCAUCCAGUGUGUGUGCAAAAAACAGCAAAGGAUGACAUCUUGGAAUAUGUGAAUGGGAUGAAGCACUCCUUGCUCCCUGGAGACAGAGUGCUGGCACCCUGGGAGCCAGAUGGGGCCAGCUAUGGCCCAGGAACUGUCCUCAGAGGCAUUGAGACAAGGGAUCCCUUACGAGCCUCAGAGGAUGAAGAAAUUAUGGUCCAGUUCUGGAAUGACAAGCAAGUGAAGCUCCCCCGUGGUGUGGCUCUGUGGAUCCCUCCUAGCCUGUGGGAGAGGAUUGUGGAGAUGAUCCACAUGCCCUUCACCAGCAGGGUGAAGCCCAGACCAAGUCAGGACACUGACUCUUGUAUUUCUCCCUGCAGUCCUAAGCCAGCUCUGAUUCCUGUUUGUGCUGGGUGUAGCCUUGCCAAGCACUGCUUGCUCUGCUCUCCCUGCUGGCCACAUUUCCACCACUGCUGUGCUGGUGCUCUCUGCUGUCCAUCAGUCUGGGGAAGGUGCAUCUCCUGCUGCCAUGCCUGUGCUGGUGCCUGGUGGCCUCUUCCCUCCAGGCCUCUAGUCUUUCAGGACAAAGCUGAAGAGGCAGAGUCCAGCAGCAAGCUCACUCCAGGCCUUCUAGAACUGAAAGGCACAGAACAAGCAGAAGCUGCAGCUGUGGCAACAUCCUCUUCUUCUGAUUCAGAGUGGGACCUGAAGCCAUCCCCCACUAAGAGUACUGUGGGGGACAGUGCUGUUAAUGCAGGCUCCAGCUGUCUUGAAAAGCCCAGGCUAAAGAAUUCCACAAGACCUGAGGGGAAAUACUGGGAAGGAAGCUGCCACAAGUCCUUUUCCAGUAAUUCAGGACCUGGAAGUUGUAGCAGCACAUGUACAGAGGGUCAGCAGAAACCCAAAGCCAUCUCCACUGGGGACAUGUCCAGUGUGGCCCCAACUCAGCAGAGUGCAAUGUUUGAAAACAUCAGGCAGACUCCCAGAGGGCAACUCACACUGAGAGAAAUCCAAAGAGACCAAGAUUUCAAGCCAUUAUUGAGGGAAGAAGGCUUUGCAGCAUCAGAAAAACAAAGAUAUAAAGCAGCAUCAGAUGAUAAAUGUAAAGUGACUUGUGCUGGAGAUGACAAACCUGAUGUUAUAGACCCUGUCAGAGCUCACUUGCAACAGGCAGAGAGACAUGAUCAACCAGAAUUCAGUACAUGUACAACUGAUCAAGUUCAGGGGCUGAAAUUUCAGGUAAACUGCUUCUACUAUAUCAGUGUUAUAUUUUUUAAACAAAUCAAGUUCUGAUUUAGAUACUGUCUCAGUAGAAUAUCUUUAUGGAUGACUAUAUAAUUUUAA